CUCCAGUUGCAUAUUCCUUUUCUUUUCGAUGGAACGAGCGUCAGUCAUUAGUAUGGUCGCUUCCUACCUGUAAACAGAACUGUGGAAUUGCCCCGGGCACUGUGGAGUCUGGAGACUUUCCAACAGUGCUCUGUGCUCCACAGAACAUGCCAAGCCACUGCGCGCUGAUCCUCGUAGCCUCACAGCACAACGAUGCUGAUUGACGAAUGGCCGUCGAAUUAUGAACAACGUGCUCUUCAGAGAACAACUGAUAUUCUUCGGUGUUGCCGCCAGGUUCGAUACCAUCGAUUUAAUAGCGUCAGGCAGGCAUCACAAGCAGCUACUCGAUUGACGUUAGCCUUGCAGCUGGAAGCUCAGGGAUUCUCAUUCCUCCGCGUCACGAUUUGGAUCAUGUCAACAUACAAUGAACGCCGAGAAGUGCUCUCGGGUGCGCAAGAAAGCCAUGCAAAAGCCAGGAUUUUGAAGUAAAAUUUACUACAAAAGCGGCAAAACUCGAUGUGUCUAUUCGUUCAAAAGGCUGACUUUCAAAGGUGCAUUCUCAUUUGACUCCCAGGCCGGUCGAAACUGUCAACUCAGCAGAUUCAGCACCCUUCUGGAAGCACGCCAGACGGGAUGCUGCAUAUGUGCCUCUUUCCCGUCAGGGAUAGCUUUCAGGGACCAUGUGUGGAUGAUUGGCUUGCAAAGGAAGCUGUCCCACGAAGCAAGAUUAUCCUUCUUAACCCCGCGCCAAUCUGCACAUCAAAGAUAGCUUCCCUACCCAUUCCAUCCCGUCGUCAUCCAAGCCAAGUGGGCAUACCAUAAAUAAAGUCAUGUCUCUCCCCGCUGGACUCAACUGUUCAUCAAAGGCCCCGAGUCGCGCCUCGCCUUCAAACUCUUCAGAAUGUUUUUCCUCCGGGCUGGUUUUGCUGCCGGCCUCGCUUCAACUGCUCUGGCCAUUGUCAACCAGACAAACUGCAAUGGGAGAACGUAUAUUUAUGAGGAGCUUGCUGGAUAUGGCACUGUCCCUAGUAAUGCUCGGGAUGAGUUUGGAGAUACUUUGAACUUUGGUUCUGCUCUUGCUCUUGAUAGGUCUCAAUGGAAGAAGCUCUCCAAUGGAAGUUACACUGGAGUUCUGUGGGGUCUUCCUGACAGAGGAUGGAACACUCAAGGAACGUUGAACUUCCAACCUAGAGUACACAAGUUCGAUAUCUUGUUUACCCCAAACCCAAAAGCUACCGUAGAGAAUCCAUCCGCCAAAAAUCUCUUCUUCACAUAUAAGGAAACAAUUCGUUUCUAUGGUCCGGAUGGAACUCCAUGUACAGGGCUAGAUGGAGAUGCUACUGGACAUCUGAGUUACCCUGGGUUUCCUGAUCUCCCAGUUGCAACCUACACGGGAGAUGGAUUUGGUGGCCCAGGUCCAGGAGGCAAACGCAUUCCAGUCGACUCUGAAGGCAUCGUUCUGAAUGACGAUGGAAGCUUUUGGAUCAGCGAAGAGUACGGGCCAUAUGUGUAUCGAUUCGACGCUUCUGGUCGGAUGGUUACUGCGAUUCGACCUCCAAAUGCCAUCAUUCCGAUGAGAAAUGGAACGGAGUCUUUCUCUGCUGAUUCUCCUGCCUUCUACGAGGGAGAUAACCCCGAGGAAAUAAUUCCUUCUGAUGGACCCACCGGGCGUAAUAACAACCACGGAUUCGAAGGCCUCACGGUAUCCGGAGAUGGCAAGAACCUCUACGUUCUCCUUCAAGCAGCGACAAACCAAGAAGGAGGAGUCGCAUCUCAAACAGAACGCUACACGCGACUCCUCAAAUACGACAUUACUGUCCCUUCAAAGCCUCGCUACGCCAGGGAAUUCGUUGUUCCGCUACCGUUAUACGUGGACCCAACUGCAAAGCCAUCUAAGAACCCAAAAGUUGCAGCUCAAUCGGAGUUGUUCCACAUUCAGAAUGGACAAUUCUUCAUCCUCGCCCGGGACGGUGGAUUUGGUCAUGGACAAGAUGUGUCUCUUUCAAACUACCGCCAGAUUGAUAUCUUUGACAUCAACUCUGCAACAGAUAUCAAGGGCAACACUUAUGACUGCACCAACUGUUCCGUUGCGUCCGAAAAGGGUAUUUUGAAGCCUGGGAUUACGCCUGCUACGUACUGCCCCUUCAUCGACAUGAACCUGAACUCGCAGCUCAACCGCUUCGGUGCUCACAACGGAGGAGAACAGGAUGCGGAUCUUCUGAACGAGAAGUGGGAGAGCAUUGGCAUUGUGCCUGUGGAUGGGCUGAUUGGAGAUGAUGAUGAGUGGUUUGUUUUUAGUCUCAGUGACAACGACUUUAUCACACAGGAUGGAUAUAUGAAUGGUGGUGCGUUCCAGUAUGCAGACGAGAGUGGAUUCAAUCUGGAGAACCAGGCUCUGGUGUUUAAGAUCAAGCUGCCUAAUCAUUCAAGGCCUUUCAAUCGUGAUUGAUGUUACAAUAGAUAGCUAGGACACAUUAGACUACUCGUGGUACG